GUUUUGGAUUAUGGGAUUUGACUUUGCAGUGGGUGGAGACAGGAUAGCAAGUAUAAUCGAAAUCGCCUUUUUGACAGCUAACGUAAAAAAAUACUGUUUAACUUAAACUUGAUGAAUGAAUGCGUUGAUAUUUCGUACUGUUGCACCUACAUCGAGGCAUAUCGUUAAGGAGGUUCAUUCUAUCACGUCAAUCCUCUGGAACGUUUCUGCGGAGAGUAUGCUCUAGAGCUUGUAAUGCUGCCUUAGCUGAAACGUUUCAGCUACAGUGAAGAAGAUACCUUUUCAGUUUAAUCGAAACUCCCCGGUGUAUCGGCACCUGGCUAGCGGGAGGCGGAGCAUGCAUGUGAGAUCAGAGAUCAUAUUGGACGUGGAGCUGUGAUGCGUGCGGCGAGCUGCAGGAUGAACGUGGCGGCCAUUCUGAAUGGCCUGCUGGUGUCGGUGGUGGCAGCACUGCUCUGGAAGUACGUGAGGCUAAGUGAGCACGCUGCAGUACUGGAGGAGGAGCUGCAGCUGACCCGCCAGUCCCAGGAGCUGUCCCAGGCCCGGAUAGACUACCACGCCGCUCUGCUCGCCCUCCAGGAGCAUGGCACCCGUAUGGUCUGCACCGGCAAGAUGCACACUGACCGCAUCUGCCGCUUCGACUACCUGUGCUACUGCACCGAGGCUGAAGAGUUUGUCUUCUUCCACAGCAACUCCUCCUUCAUGUUGCCCAACCUGGGGCCCCGGCGCUUCCAGCCGGCCCUGCUGGACCUGUCCUCUGUGGAGGAUCACAACACCCAGUACUUCAACUUCCUGGAGCUGCCCGCAGCUGCCCUCAAGUUCAUGCCCAAGCCUGUGUUCGUCCCUGACGUCACCCUCAUCCUCAACCGGUUCAAUCCGGAUAACCUGAUGCACGUGUUCCACGAUGACCUACUGCCCAUCUUCUACACCAUGCGGCAGUACUCGGACCUGGACGAUGAGGCCCGCCUGGUCUUCAUGGAGGGCUGGGGUGAGGGCGCACACUUUGACCUCUACCGCCUGCUGAGCAGCAAGCAGCCACUUCUCAAAGAGCAGCUGAGGAACUUUGGCAAACUUAUGUGCUUUACUAAGUCCUACGUGGGCUUGUCCAAGAUGACCACAUGGUACCAGUACGGCUUUGUCCAGCCACAGGGCCCCAAAGCCAACAUCCUGGUCUCUGGGAACGAGAUCCGGCAGUUUGCCUCAUCGCUGAUGGAGAAGCUCAAUAUCACCACGAGAGGAGGAGAGGAGAGUGCAGCGGAGGAAAAGGAUGAGUACUUCGUAGUGUUCAGUCGCUCCAUCAACAGACUCAUCCUGAACGAAGCGGAGCUGAUCCUGGCGUUAGUGCAGGAGUUCCAGAUGAGAGUGGUGACUGUGUCUCUGGAGGAGCAGAACUUCCCCAGAAUCGUCAAGGUCAUCAGCGGGGCCUCCAUAUUGGUCAGCAUGCACGGGGCCCAGCUGGUCUCCUCUCUCUUCCUCCCCCGGGGGGCCGUCGUUGUGGAGCUCUUCCCCUAUGCGGUCAACCCAGAGCAGUACACCCCUUACAAAACCCUGGCCUCUCUACCAGGCAUGGACCUGCAGUAUGUGGCCUGGAGGAACAUGGUGGAGGAGAACUCUGUGGCCUACCCAGAGAGGCCCUGGGAGCAGGGAGGUAUAGCCCACCUGGAUAAGGAAGAGCAGGAUCACAUCCUGACCAGUAAGGAAGUACCCAGACACCUGUGCUGCCGCAACCCUGAGUGGCUCUAUCGUAUUUACCAGGACACCAUAGUGGACAUCCCUUCUUUACUAGAGGCUCUCAGAGCGAUCGUGAAAACCAGGCCCAACCUGAAGAAGGCCAAGCCUGCCAGCACGGUCCACCCGGGCCGGGUCAGAGAGCCCCAGUGCCAGACAUCGGUCCAGGCCACCAAUGAGGCCAAGCUGACUGUGUCCUGGCAAAUCCCCUGGAACCUGAAGUACCUGAAGGUCAGGGAAGUGAAGUACGAAGUGUGGAUCCAGGAGCAAGGAGAGAACACGUACAUGCCUUAUAUUCUCCCCCACCAGAACUAUACCUUCUCUGAAAACAUCAAACCCUUUACGACGUACCUGGUGUGGGUCCGCUGCAUCUUUAACAAAAACCUCCUGGGGCCUUUUGCCGAUGUACUCAUGUGCAGGACAUAAUUUGUGUUGAUCUAUACAGUUACAAGUUUGUGACUGCUUGUUCCAGAUGAUCAGAUAUUGGGGUUGUGGAUUACUGAAGGUGAUACUAGAUAAGUUCAGCCAGUAGUUUUGAAAGUAGCGCUCACGAGCCAAAAUGGGUCCCAGAAAAUUGUGCACAAUUGUAUACGAUGUCAUUCAUUUUGUAUGUUAAGUUACGUCCUGCACAAUAAAUGUAUAUUUCCUACAAUUCGUAUGAUAUGUUACGAAUUUGUAAGUGCUUAAGAUCCCGUUCAAUCUCAUUAAUAUGAAAAUCUGUGAUUGAGGAUAGUCUCCGAUUUGAGGAUAGUUGAUAUGAUGUGAUCUGUAUCUAGGAUGAGAGACAACCAUGUCCUCAGACAGAGAGUGAAAUGCAAUGGAAGUUCAAUGGCAUUUAGCAUGGGACGCAGGAACACGAGUCACGAUUUAAGGAUGCAUCAUCUGUACCAAUAGCAGAAAGUACUAUACAACGGAUCUUUUUGAGAUAUAGGAAUUUCUUUAAUAUACUUAUUUAUGAGCAAAAAUAUUUUUUAUUCGUCUUAAAACACUGAACCUAUCUAUAUCUGUACUUAUUUGAGUAUGUAAUGUAGGUUUUCAGCAAAGCUCAGAUUUGAUUGGUUUGUGAUUUGUUAUCUGAGAAAUCACAACUUUGUGGCUUAGCCUACCCUCCUGCACAAAGUUGUAGCUUUGUCAUGUUGCCUUUCUAAUUGUCAAUUGACAUAAUUGUUUGCAGAAUGUUUCCAAAACCUUAAAGGGAUACUGUAAGAUUCUGGCAAUUUUCUACUUACCCAGAGUCCGAUGAACUCGUGGGCACGCUAUUUAUGCCUCUGCGUGCAGUAUGAAGGAAGAUAGGAUUGCAAAACUACUUCUAACUAGCAUUAGCAUAAUGACUGGAAAUCUAUGGGUAUCUGCUAGCUGGGUAUCUGCUUCAGGCCUGGACAAUUCCAGUCCUCGGGAGGCCUAAUUGGUGUGACACUUUUCCCCCCCGUCCCUAGCAAACACACCUGAUUUUAAACUAAUUCAAUUUUUAACUGAAGUUCAUGAUUAUUUUGAUUAUUGGAGUCAGGUGUGUUAGCUGGGGCAAAAGUGUGACACCAAUCAGGACCCAGAGGACUGGACUUGCCCAGGCCUGCUAGCUGCAAAUACCUAUACACUUCCAGUCAUUACACUAAAUCCAGUUAGCAAUUAUGCUAGCACUAGUUAGCAACUUCCUUCAAACUGCAAUCAGAAACAUAUAAGAAGGGUGUCCAUUUUUUCAUUUGACCCUGGGGAAGUAGAUAAAGGUCCUCAUUGCCAAAAUCCCGAAGUAUCCCUUUAAGAGAAACCAAAAUGAAUUUGAAAAUGUGGUUACAAGUCUACAGUACCAUUAAGUAUGUGUUAUUAGUUGUAAUUGAAUUAUCUUGUGCUUCAUUGAGGCUUUAAUAUUUGCCAGUUAUCUUUUUGAACUAUUGUGACCCAUGGAUAGUAAAUUCUUCCUCUUCUAGAUUAUUUGAGAUAUUAAUUCAAGGCAGAUAAAAACUUUCAAAGAGUGUGUCCAGGAAAAUGUUUGCAGUUUUCUAAAGAUGCGGACUAAAACAUGCAUUAUUCCUUCAAAUAGUAGCAGUAUUUUACGAACAUUGUUCCUCUAAAUGAAAAUAAAGAGAAUAUAUUAUGUAUUGAUGUGAAAGGUUCUGUUGCUAUGCGGUGCAGUUGCUAGAUAUGCGGGGGUUAGUUCUAUUUCUUUCAGAAAAACUGGAGCUUCUUUAUUCAGUGUCUUUGUCAUUGUGUGUCAAAAGAUAAAUACAAAAAGGUUCAUGUCACUUCAGUGUGCCCAUUACAGCAAUUCUGAGUUCAAUUGUCCUAUUAUUAUUUUUUAUUCUGUCUACACAGUUGCAGAAAAUGAUCAGAAUUCCUUACUUACUAUUAAUCGGUACAAUUUCUGAUUGUGAUCUUAGAAAAUUUGUGCAGGUUAUAUGCAUGCAUAAACUUGUGAAAUAAUUAGCCUGUGAUGCUUUGGUAAUGACUACUAUGCCCUGAAUCAAACUGGAGUAAUAACCCAUUCUAUGGCUCAUCAAUGCUGCUAACCAUGCGUGAUUCAGUGUCUUUAUCCCAAAUGGCACCCUCUUCCCUUUUAUACUGUACUACUUUUGACCAAGAACUAUAAAGGUCACCAGAGCCUAAAAGUAGUGCUCUAUAGGGAAUAGGGUCCAUUUUGGGACUCAGCCCAAGUCUAUAUGAUGGUGUGCAAUGCUGCCUGUUACAUUUCAUUGCCUUGUGGUGUGCAAAACUAAAGUAAUGGCUAGCUUCCCAGUAUGUGCCAAGCCCUCAGAGUACGAGUGCUGAUGUAAGAUCAGCUGCAGAUCUCGUGUCCUGCUAAGCGUAUAUACAUUGCCUUCAGAACGUAUUAACACCCUUUGACUUUUUCAACAUUUUGCUGUUACAAAGUGGGAUUAAAAUGGUUGGAAAAAAACGUCCAAUUAAAUCCAUCUACAAAUAAUCUAAUGUCAAAGUGGAAGAAAAAUGACACUAAUACAGUAUAUCUUUAUAAGUAUUCAACCCACUUAGUCAAUACAUGUUUCUCUGGGCAAGUGUCUAACAGCUUUUCACACCUGAAUUGUGCAACAUUUGCCCCUUAUUCUUUUCACAAUACUUCAAGUUCUGUCAUUGUUUAUUGAUCAUUGCUAGACAACUGUAUUUGGGUCUUGCCAUAGAUUUUCAAGCAGAUUUAAGUCAAAACUGUAACUC